AUGAUCGUUGGUGAGAACGAAUAUAUCAGCCAACUGCAGAUUGACUUCCCGGCAUUCACGAUCAUCACAGUCGUAUCAUUCCUGCUGCUAUUCCUCCACAAGUUGCUCUCGCCUUGGGUAGAGCUUCCUCGACUCCCCGAACAAUGGCUCGCAUUUCGCAGCGGCCUAGCUUGGACGAUACUCAAAGACCGCGUGGGAUUUUCCGAAGACAUGGUUUUGGAUCACGAAACUGGAUUCGCAAUAAUCAGCUCUGACCCUGGAAAGGUGUCUUGGAACGCUUUAUGGGUUGGUACUUGUAAUAAUGUAUACGUAUCCCUGCUUUCUGACUCGAAGCAGGGCCGUAAUCAAACCCCUCAGCAGCAAGGUCGAUUGCUGCUCUACGAUUACGGCGGUUCAGGCAGUCUGCGUGAAAUGCAUUUGGUGAACUUUCCCACGACUUUCAACUUCCAUCCCCUCGGCAUAGGCCUGUAUCGCGAGGAGGAAGAUAGUCAUGCACGGCUGUUUGUUGUUAAUCAAGGAAACGUCGACAAAAGCAGCAUAGAGGUCAUGGAUAUGGACUACGAAGAUGCACGAGCAGUGCAUGUGUGCUCCGUCACAGACAACAACCAUACUAUACGUUCCCCGAAUUCCGUCUCGCCAGUGUCUUACACGUCAUUUUAUGUCACGAAUGACCAAUGUCUUAUUCGUCGCAGACAUCCGUUCUUGUCUUUCACUGAGAGGGUGCUUGGUCUUCCCUUGGGAUGGGUCACAUUUGUUGAUUUUAGUGUCCAAAGCAAACCGAUAUGCACCAUUGUUGCAGGUGGCAUCCCCUUUGCAAAUGGAAUACUUGUCACGCCUACUGGGAGAGAGGUCCUCGUUGCCUCGACCAGCACGGAUAUCGUUCGAAUCUAUAAACGUGACCCGGAGACGGAUGCACUUUCUGGCAACUACAGCGCCGUAUAUAUGACCUUCCACCCGGAAACUCUCAGCUUCGACAGGUCUUUGAACAUAACCGAUCCAACAGUAUUCAACACGAACGGAAACUUUAUUCGCGGAGUGGUCGCAACGGGUUCUCCGGAUGCUGGCCGGUUGUUUUGUAUGGCCAAAAAUCCGCACGGGUGUGUUGCACCGUCUGUUGUGGCAGAGAUUCGCCGAGGCCAUGGUCUUGAUCUCAGCCCAUUUCCUGGAAGCCUCUUCAAUCUCUAUAGUAAAUACUAUGCCCGGACACUAUACGCCGAUGACGGAAGCAACUACCCAAGCGGCACAUCAAGUGAUAUGGAUUCUAAAAGAGGACGUCUUAUUGUUAGUGGACUUUAUGCAGAUGGACUUCUGAAUAUUACGUGGGACCCGACAGAGAAUCGUCAUUAA